UGGGACUCUGUCUAUAAAUAUUUAUGCUUCAAUUCCAGUUUGCCAUGUCCAGUGAAAAGCCACCUGAACUUUGAAGAGAAAUAAGAGACUUCAAACCUUUUCGAUUUGCAGCGUUUCAUACACAAAAGGAGGUUCAUCAUGAGAAUUUCAACGUUAUUGCUCAAUCAUACAAGCCCUUCACUGUCUUCACUGGACAUACCGACCGGGAGGCUCAAAAUGGACCUUUUGCUACCCAGGAGACAGAAAGAAAAGGUUUUGAUUGUAAUGGGGGCAACCGGAGCUGGCAAAUCAAAACUCUCCAUCGACCUCGCCACGCGGUUUCCAGCUGAAAUCAUAAAUUCUGAUAAAAUGCAAAUGUUUGAAGGACUUGACAUAACCACCAACAAAAUCACAGAGGCAGAGCAGUGUGGAAUCCUCCAUCAUAUGCUAGGAAUCCUAAGUCCUAAUGCGGAGUUCACAGCUGCAAACUUCUGUGAAGUGGCUUCACUUGCCGUUGAAUCAACUUUGUCUCGCGGUCAGCUUCCAAUCAUCGUUGGAGGCUCCAACUCAUACAUUGAGGCAUUGAUUGAUGAUAAAGAUUUUAUAUUCCGAAAACGAUAUGACUGUUGCUUUCUCUGGGUAGACGUAUCAAUGCCUGUACUACAUUCAUUCGUGUCAGACCGAGUUGACAGGAUGGUCCAAAAUGGGAUGGUGGAAGAAGUGAGAAAUAUAUUUGAUCCCAAAGCUGAUUAUUCUAAGGGGAUAAGAAAAGCAAUUGGGGUGCCAGAGUUUCAUCAAUACUUCAAAGAGGAACCAUUUCUUGAUGAAGAAAAUCGAGAAAAAGCACUUAAAAAAGCCAUUCAAGAGAUAAAAGACAACACAUGUGAAUUGGCAUGUCGGCAAUUAAAGAAGAUACAUCGACUCAGAACCGUCAAAGGGUGGAAUAUUCAUCGUAUUGAUGCAACGGAAGUGUUUCGAAAGCGUGGAAAAGCAGCUGAUGAAGCGUGGGAAAAGCGUGUGGUUGUCCCAAGCACUACCUUAGUGGCAGAGUUCCUGUAUAAUCUUGUCUCCAUGGAAGUCCCCUUCUCCGUAGCUGAUAUUAGAGAUUACAUUACACAAUGCCUUGUAGCAUAAUCUACUUGUCAAAAAUUCAAUUUUGAUGUGCCCUUAUAAUCAUAUAAUGUUACUUCAAACCAUAAAAUAAUCAAUAGAAAUCUACAAUUGAGCUUUGCCUUCUUUAUACA